UAGUGCUCAUAUUACAUGUGCUUGUAGGAUCUAACAAUUGGGCUGAAGCUCUAACACAUAAAAAAACACAAGCCAAACCAGAAACAGCCAAAGGGCGUCCUUCCUCCUCCUCCUUCUUUCCUCACUAAUUUCCCCCAAUUUUUGAGGAAUUUCAAGAUCAAUUUCACAGCAAUUCAAGAUCAUUACUUUCAUAUUCAAUCUUUUUUCCCAGAAAUCAAACUCAAUCAUUCACCAGUUGGGAGGAAGGACCAGUGAAUUUGUUGCUGUGGAUUGGGAAAGUGUUGGAUUCUAAAAAUGGAAGGAGACACAUUUUCAGGACUAGGAAAUGGUACACAGGUAGACAGUAAGGUAUUACAGACAUUUCAGAAGAGUUUUGUGCAAGUUCAGAGCAUAUUGGAUCAGAACAGAUUGCUAAUCAAUGAGAUCAACCAAAAUCAUGAAUCAAGGAUUCCUGAUAACCUUUCCAGGAAUGUGGGCCUAAUAAGGGAGCUUAACAAUAAUAUAAGGAGGGUGGUUGACCUUUAUUCUGAUCUUUCUCAUUCCCUAACUCGAUCCAUGGAAGCUUCAUCAGAAGGUGAUUCCAGCGGUGUUCUAAAAUCCGAUGCCAAAGCUACUCACAAGAGAAAUCGACCUGGUUAGCUAGCUCCUCGUAUCAACUCGACUUUGUCAUUAUUAGAUGUUUUUAAUUCUUUAUCUUUGGUGGGCAUUGAGCUAAAUGCAUACAUCUAUAUAGUAUGUAUGUGCAUUGAGGUAGAGGAAAAUGAUUUAGAGUUUUCUGUAACUCUUCUUGUAUUCGGAUACUUCUUUCUGAAAGUUACCUUCCCCCUUUUUUCUGAUGAACAAAAAA